AUGGAAGACACGACGAUCCAAGAUGGAGCAGAUGUGCGGGCGUUCCUGCUGACGCUCCCUGACAGCACGUUCCUCCGCAUGUACAAGCACGCACACGCUUGCUUGGGCCUCUUUCAGCUGUGUCUGGAUGGGCUGUCCAAGCAGAUGGUGCUGCGGUUGCUGUAUCUGCCAUCAGCACUGAGCAAGGCCAUCGUCUCAACUUGGAUUGUCCCCGAGCAAGCCAGGCUGUGGACAGAGAGUUUGGAACAGCUGCAGAAGCUUCAGAUCUUGGCUGUGAGUGGAGACGGUGCCGUUGCCGUGGCCCAGCCCUUCAAGAACGGCCUCAUCGCUGCGCUGCAAGGCACUGGGAAAGAGCGCUGCCAAGCGCCCGAUCCAGGCAAACACGCAGCGUCAAAGGACUUCCUGCAACAGUAUGCAGACGAGAAGUGGGAGGACGUGCUGGACUACAUGGUUGGCAGUGACAGCUUGGAAGAGGACACGGUGAAGCAGGCCUUGUAUCAAUCACACCUCAUGACAUGGCGAGAAGAUGUGCAGGACUUUGACAUCUCAUCGCUCGGGUUCCAGUUUCUCUUGCAAGAUCGACGCACACAGCUGUGGUUCUACGUCAUCAAGUUCCUGCAAACCUGCCAGAACGAAGGCAUUGACAUUGAGGACGCGCUUGGCUUUGUGUUUCGUGUCGCCUACACCACCUUUGGCAACUAUUACCCAACGGAGGUGUUGAACAAGACAGAACACCUCGUGCUGCGCCAUUUUUCCAAGAUUGGGCUCUGCUACCACCGCAAGAAAAAGUCAAAGCAAUACUACCCAACACGCCUCGCUCUCGCUCUCAGGACCAGCAGCGCCCUCGUGGCAAAGGACGCGAUGAGGUGUGGGUUCCUGGUGAUUGAGACCAACUUCCGCAUCUACGCCUACACCAAGUCCGACCUCAAAAUCUCCUUGCUCAAGCUGUUUGCAAAGCCGCUAUACAAGUUGCCCACGAUGCUGGUGGCAUCCAUUACGCGGUCAAGUGUGCGCCAAGCCAUGGCGCAGGGUAUCACGGCUCGCCAGAUCCUUCAUUUUCUCAAGGUGCACUGCAGCUCACGCAUGCGCCACCAGCCCCACUCAGUGUUUUCGCCCGUGCCACCAACGGUGAGCGAUCAAAUCCUGCUGUGGGAGCAAGAAACAAGUCGCCUGUCCAAGACGGAGGGCGUGUUGUUCCGCCACUUGCCCAAGCCCAUCUUCCCGAAGCUGCUUGCCUUUGUCAAGGAGCGUCAGGCAUGCAUCUGGUACGACGAGACAAAGAGGGCGAUCAUCCAAAACAACAACAACAACAUCAACAACAACAACUACAACUACAACAACAACUACUACAACAACAACUACAACAACAACUACUACUACAACAACUACUACUACUACUACUACUACUACUACUACUACUACUACUACUACUACUACUACUACUACUACUACUACUACUACUACUACUACUACUACUACUACUACUACUACUACUACUACUACUACUACUACUACUACUACUACUACUACUACUACUACUACUACUACUACUACUACUACUACUACUACUACUACUACUACUACUACUACUACUACUACUACUACUACUACUACAACUACAAUAAGGUGCGCGGCUGACCUCUUGGUUAGGCGCGUGCGUUGCGGAAUGCGGGAGAGUAAAUGACGCGGGAGAUGUACGUGGAGACGCUCUCGAGAAACUCUGGAGUGCUUGUGCGCUUCACUUGCUCGUCCACUUCCUUUGGAAUCUGAUACCCUUUGAUCUUGGACACAAGCCACAUGCUGCGCACGUGACACUCCUGCACCAUGCCAACGUGUAAUAAACGAACCUCAGUGUG